UUCUGGAUAUCACUUUUUGCAUUUCCACGAUUAAAUGUGAUUAUUUUUUCAGUGGAUAUCUUGGCCCUAAGAAAGCAAUUCCAGUUGAUUCUUCCAGAAACGCCCGCUGAUGAAAUGCAUUAAGACCAUAUUGGAUUCUUGAUAGUCGAGCCUGGACUCCACGCUGAGAGAAGAAGAAAAAGAAGAAGAUGUCGGGUCAGACACUGACAGACCGCAUCGCCGCGGCACAGUACAGCCUGACGGGAUCAGAGGUGUCCCGAGCUGUGUGUAAAGCCACCACACAUGAGCAGACUGCUCCUAAGAAGAAGCACCUGGAGUACCUGAUCCAGGCCACCCAGGAGACUACCGUGAAUGUCCCUCAGAUGGCCGACACACUAUUGGAGAGGGUCAGCAAUGCCAGCUGGGUGGUGGUCUUCAAAGCCCUGAUCACCACUCACCAUCUCAUGGUGCAUGGAAAUGAGAAAUUCCUGCAGUUCCUGGCUUCUCGAAACACACUCUUCAACCUCAGCAACUUCCUGGACAAAACUGGCUCCCAUGGCUACGACAUGUCAACGUUUAUCAGACGCUACAGCCGUUACCUAAACGAGAAAGCCUUUGCCUACAGACAGUUGUCUUUCGACUUUGGACGAGUCAAAAAAGGAGCUGAAGGAGUGAUGAGGACCAUGUCAGUGGAGAAGCUGCUGAAGGCAAUGCCGACCCUGCAGGGCCAGAUCGACGCACUGCUGGAUUUUGAUGUUCAUCAAAAGGACCUGAACCACGGAGUGUUAAACGCCUGUUUUCUUCUGCUCUUUAAGGAUCUGAUAAAGUUGUAUGCCUGCUAUAACGACGGCAUUAUUAACCUGCUAGAAAAAUUUUUCCAGAUGAAGAGAGGCCAAUGUAAAGAUGGACUGGAAAUCUACAAGAGAUUCCUGACACGGAUGACUCGAGUCUCUGAGUUCUUUAAACUAGCUGAGCAAGUGGGAAUCGACAAAAAUGACAUACCAGAACUCACCCAGGCACCAGAAAGUCUUCUGGCGUCACUGGAGACACACCUGAACACUCUGGAGGGGAAGAAACCGGAGGAUAAGUCGCCUACAACGGAAACUAAAGCUAACAACAGCACAGCAGCAACUGCUGCUGCUGCAGCUCCAGCUGCAGCUGUACCACCAACUAAACCAGCUCCUCCUGCUACCACUGGGGGGCCUCCUCCUCGCCCUGGGCCUCCUGUUAAACCUCCUCCACCUGCUGUCACUCCUACUGCACCGACACCUGCUGCUGCUGCUGCAAAAACCACGACCAGUGCCCUUGAUGAUGGCUUUUUGUUAGAUCUAGACCCGAUUUCAUCUUCGUCAACGGGGGGCGCUGCAGCUGCUAUGUCCACAACAGGAUGGGGAGAUCUUUUGGCCGGGGCAACCCCGGCAGCGUCUGAUGGAACUUCUGAAGCUCUGCAGCAAAAGGGAGAGUCUGCUGAUGCCAGUGUUGGUGCUGCUGCUGCUGCUGCCACCUCUUCAUCUGCUCCACCCAAAGCUCCUGCUGCUGCAGCCCCAGCAGUGCCCGCCUCUCUGCCCAUCUCUGCACCGGCCACAACCUCAGACAUUGAUCUUUUUGGAGAUGCGUUUGCACCUUCCCCAGGAGAUGGCCCUGGUUCUGUGGCUGCAGGUCCCGCUGCUGACGCAUUUGCUGGAUCUGACCCCUUUGCUACGACGGAGGGGAGCGCUGAAAUCGCUCCAGAGCUGGACCUGUUCGCCAUGAGGCCCGCUGACACCAGCGCCCCCGACACCACUGCUGCCACCACCAUCACCCCGCCCACCUCUAGUGAGGCACCAACCAUCGUUGUCCCCACCCCUUCUUCCACCUCCUCCACCACCGCCAACACCACCACAGUGUCUGCAGCCGCCCCGACUCUAGAUAUCUUUGGUGAUAUGUUUGAUUCUAUGCCUGAGCAAAGCCCCACCACAGAAUCCAAAGCUGCUACCACUCCUAGCGUAGACCUAUUUGGUGCAGACCUUCCUGCUGUUUCUCGUGGGCCUUCUCCUUUACCCGAGCCUGCUCCAGCUGGAGAUAUUGUAAUAGACUCGUUUACAUCUGCAGCUGCUCCUCCUCCUGCUGCUCCUGCUCCUGCACUAGAAGCCUCUUCUCCACCUAAAGCAGAACCUGUACCGGUCAUUGACCUGCUGGAUACAUUUGGAGGUGCUGUGGAGGAAACACAGAGCUCUGCUCCUGCAGGGCUGGACGGCGACCUGCUGGGAGGUCUGAUGUCCCCCACCCUGGCCCCCACUGCUGCUCAAGCCCUGGCUCCCUUGGCUUCGAGCGACCUGUUAGCGUCUAGCUUUGACGGUCUCAGCUCGCUGCCGUCACCGACUCCACCUGUACCUGCUGCAGUUCCUGCAGCAGAACCUGCAACUACCACACCAGCGCCCUCUGGUGGUUUUGAUGCAUCAAUGUUCGGUGGAUUAGGUGAUUUGCUGAUGCCUGCAGUAACACCCCAGAGCACAGGGGGCAGCACAGCGGGCAGCGUAGGAACUCCGGGUGGAGCAGUAGGUGGCAUGACAGCCGCUCCCCUGGCAACACCACCUUCUACAAAGACCAUUUCAGGAGACUUGGACUCAUCACUGGCCAACCUGGUUGGAGACCUGGGAAUGAAGAAAAAGGAUCCACAGAGUGAGAAGAAGUUGACAGGUGGCGCCAACUGGAUGCCACAGGUCGCCCCCACCAGCUGGGCUGCACCUGGAGCCCCAAUGACUGGUGCCACCUCUGGAGCUCCUGGGGCACCGGGCGCAGCACCACCUCCAGGAGCCAUGGUGCCACCGAUGAGUGCACAGCCUGGCUUUGGCAUGCCUCCAGCAGCAGGGCCUGGAGCUCCCAUGAUGCAACCCAUGAUGGCUCAGCCGAUGAUGGGGCAGCCCAUGAUGAGACCUCCCUUCACAGGCAUGGCUGGAGCAGCGCCUGGAGCACCACUUUCUCCAGGACCAGCAACCCAAAGUCCUAAGAAGCCCAAGGACCCACUGGCAGAACUUGACCUCAAGGACUUCUUAUAACGCCCCAGCUUUGUCUCUUCUCUGGAGCAUGAAGGGCCGCCUCACAGUUUUUUUACCUGGUGUCCGUCGAACAUCUCAGGAUGCCGGUGAUGCGCAGCCUCUCGACUCAACACCACUAACUUCUCCUCUCCCUUCCCUGUCCAUCCGCACCCCCGCCCUACUUCUGUGUGAUGUCGUAGCGAACCAUAGCAGAUAAUAUCUAAUUAUAAGAGAGACAAAAAAAAAAAUGAGCGUGUGCUUACGUACGUAGAUGUUUCAAUCUUUUGUCUAAACAAUACAAAACAAAAACCUGAAAAAAAAAAUCCAAACGUAAAGGAGUGAAAGUGAAGGCGUACACGUGUUUAAACUUCUUUCUAGUGUUGCGUUGAAUGAUGGAUGUGCUUUAGUGUCAUAAGCUCCGCCCACUGCCCUGUAUUUAUUUGUCUUCGCCUCCUUGUGAAGGAGGAGCAGCUCCUGCUCCACUCUGACCUGAGAAGAGUGGAGGAAAAACAAAAAACAAAACAAACAAAGCCCUGUUAGAUUUUCAGAGAAUUACUGUAUGUGGUGUGUUGUUUACAGAAAGGUCCUCUUGAUGUACAUAGAUUCUCCGGUGAGGAUUCACUCUGUGUCCUGUGUGUCUGUAUGAAGAGAAUUCUAAAUGUGAAUCUGACAUGAAACUGUCCAAAGUCGUGUGAGUAUCCUUCUAUUUCCCAUCGUCACCGUCAUCCGAAAGUAUUUGGAAACGAAUAGGAAAACCGUUACAUGAUGAAUCUAUUGUAUAGUUAAAUGAAUUUCUGUGGGCUUCUCAAUCAUGACAACCAGCAAAAUAUGAGUUCAGUUAGGUUUUUUAAUUACAUUUGACUUCUGUUCAUUUUUUUGAAAGUUGUCCUUUGCUGCCAUUGCUAUUGAAAAGCACAUCUUACAUAUUAAUUCCUCUAGAAUGAAAGAAAAAGAAAAUCUGUAGUUAAAUUAAAAUUGUAUUCAAUUUCUUCACAGAUUGUUGCUUUAAUCACUGUUUACAGUCAUGUCAGACUUCUGAUGCAGUUUGUUAAUGUUCAACAGCAUCUUCAGGUUAAAUGCAAACAAAGUGAGAAAACUCUAACUUAAAAAAGAAAUUCCAGAGCAGAUCUUUUCAGUGUAUUUCCCUUCACAUUUAAUAAUCAGACAUUAUUUUAAUAUAUCUCGGUUCAUCGAAUCGUGUAUUUAAAGCCAUUACUAUUGUUGGGAUAUUUUACUAAGGUUUGUUUAUGUAAACAGUGAGAUUUGACCAAUACAUAAUCUCUCUGUCACUGUGGCAGUCUCUCUGAUUUCUGUCAUGGCUUGUGCGGCCACAUGAGGGCACCAUUUACCCCAAACCGUGAUCUUCUCUCAGACGAGCCUUCACACAAACUACUUGUGUUGCCAUCGACGUUCUCUGAAAUUAAUUUGUCCUGGUGUUGACGUGU